GCCUCAGUUCCUCCACUGCUGACAGGACAGCGGCCUUCCCGGUACUGGCCACCAGGCAGAUCAGGACUCCCUCAUUUCCUCAGGCUUGCACAACCAGGGAAAUGACCUGUGGAUGAGGACAGCCAUUGGUGUCUGGUAAGUCACCCUUUGCAGGAGAAAUGACCUGCAGGGACACUCCCUGGGCAUCAGACCAGCUGUUCUCCUCACCCCCUGACCCGCCCAGGGAUGGCUCAGUAUAAAUACAGCCACCUCUCCAAGCAAGCAGGGACCAGCAGCUCUGCUCCAUUGGGGAUCAGCACAAUGAAGCUCUUCACAGGCCUCAUGCUCUGCUCCUUGGUGCUAGGAGCCCACAGCCUGCUUUCCUUCCUUGGUGAGGCUUUUGAAGGGGCUAAAGACAUGUUGAGAGCCUACAGAGACAUGAGAGAAGCCAACUACAUAGGUGCAGACAAAUACUUCCACGCCCGUGGAAACUAUGAUGCUGCCCAAAGGGGACCGGGGGGUGCCUGGGCUGCUAAAGUGAUCAGUGAUGCCAGAGAAGGUAUUCAGAGAUUCACAGACCCUCUGUUUAAGGGUACGUCCAGUGGCAAGGGGCGGGAAGACUCGGCAGCUGACCAGUUUGCCAAUGAAUGGGGCCGGAGCGGCAAAGACCCCAACCACUUCAGACCUGAUGGCCUGCCUGAUAAGUACUGAGCUGCCUCUCUCUCUGCUCAGGAGACGGGGCUGUGAGUCCCCAAGGGCAGGGACACUGAGCUAAAGUGUUCUCUGUCCACAGAAGGCAGCGGAUCUAAUAAAUGCUUAAGAGAUGG